AUGGAAGAUCACUCAGAAGAUGACCUGGUCAACCACAUAGCGCUUAAGAUAGGGCUUAUUGGGGACUCACAGAUAGGUAAAACAUCACUCAUGGUUAAAUAUGUGGAAGGGUCGUUUGAUGAAGAUUAUAUCCAAACAUUAGGAGUCAAUUUCAUGGAUAAGAAGGUCACCAUCAGAAACACCACUAUAACUUUUUCUAUAUGGGAUUUAGGUGGUCAAAGAGAAUUCAUUAGCAUGUUACCCUUAGUUUCCAAUGAUGCCAUUGCCAUUCUAUUCAUGUUUGAUCUUACUAGGAAAUCCACCUUGAAUAGUAUCAAGGAAUGGUAUAGACAAGUUAGAGGAUUUAAUAAGACUGCCAUCCCAUUUCUUGUGGGAACAAAGUACGACAAAUUCAUUGACUCUUCGUAUCAAGAUCAAUUGGAAAUAACUCAGCAAGCAAAGAAGUUUGGAGAAGCAAUGAAUGCACCCGUGAUCUUCUGCUCCACCAGUCACUCAAUUAAUGUUCAAAAGAUCUUCAAGAUUAUUAUUUCCAGAGCUUUUGAUUUGAAGCUACAUCUAGAUGAGAUAGUUAAUAUUGGUGAGCCAAUUCUUCUUUAUAAACAUUGA